GCUUGGGCGUGAGGGGAUUCCCUCCCUACCCAGCUGCGCAGAAGCCCUCGGAGGCCUGGGGGGGCUGGGCUCCCCCUUUCCCACUGCCCUUUGGAGAACCACGUGGGCACUGGCCGGAGACCUGAAGGGGCCGUCCUCUUCGCCGUGGGUGCCACCAGUGCCACGCUCUCCUGUCUCUGCCUGGCUGGCCACUCCCACCUGCUGCGACUCGGACAGACGGCUGUGCACGGACCCACUGUGCCUCCUGCCCUGGGAUCUACACAGUCCAUGGCCUUGCCAACGGCUCGACCCCUGUGGAGGUCCUGCGGGAGCCCUGCCCUUGGCAGCCUGCUGCUCCUGCUCCUCAGCCUCGGAUGGGUGCAGUGCUCGAAGGCUUGGGCCGGAGAGACAGGGCGGGAGGCUGCACCCCCGGACCGAGUCCUGGCCAACACGCCUAACAUUGCCAGGUGGGUCUGGGGUCCUCACAGCCCUGGAGGACGAGGCUCAAGGGGCCCUGGGGACUGCCUGUCCCCAGCACCCUCUCUUCACAGCCCGGCUGCGUUCUCAGGGUCCCAGGCCUGCACCCGUUUCUUCUCCCGCGUCUCGAAGGCCAAUGUGGACCUGCUCCCUCGGGGGGCUCCUGAGCGACAGCGGCUGCUGCCCGCGGCGCUGGCCUGCCGGGGCGUGCAGGGGUCUCUGGUGAGUGAGGCUGACGUUCGUGCUCUGGGAGGACUGGCUUGCGACCUGCCCGGGCGCUUUGUGGCCGCGUCGGCAGAGGCGGUGCUACCCCGGCUGGUGCACUGCCCGGGACCCCUGGACUGGGAGCAGCAGGAGGCGGCCCGGGCAGCUCUGCAGGGCGGAGGAGCCCCCUAUGGCCCCCCGUCGACGUGGUCAGUCUCUACCCUGGACGCUCUGCAGGGCCUGCUACCCGUGCUGGGCCAGCCCAUCGUCCACAGCAUCCCGCAGGGUGUCGUGGCUGCGUGGCAGAAACAUACCUCUCGUGACCUGGCCUGGCGGCAGCCUGAACAAACCAUCCUCCGUCCGAGGCUCCGGCGGGACGUGGAGAAGGAGGCCUGUCCCCCAGGCAAGGACGUCCUCGAGAUAGACGAGAACCUCAUCUUCUACAAGAAGUGGGAGCUGGAAGCUUGUGUGAACGCGUCCCUGCUGGCCACCCAGAUGGACCGCGUGGACGCCAUCCCCUUCACCUAUGAGCAGCUGGGCAUCCUGAAGCACAAGCUGGACGAGGUAGCUCACGACCCGGGCUCCUGCCGGCCCGUGGUGUCCAGGCCUUCUCCAGUGUUGGAAACAGAUGCUCAGUGCGCAAGAAAAACUAGCACAGGCCGGGCGCAGCUCCUCAGUGCCCUCCUCCCACAGGUGGCCACCCUGAUUGACCGCUUCAUGAUGGGAAGGAGGCAGCUAGACAAAGACACCCUGGACACCCUGACUGCCUUCUACCCCGGGUACCUGUGCUCCCUCAGCCCUGAGCAGCUGGGCUCCGUGCCCCCCAGCCUCAUCUGGGCGGUCAGGCCCCAGGACGUCGACACGUGUGGCCCGAGACAGCUAGAGGUCCUCUAUCCCAAGGCCCGGCUCGCUUUCCAGAACGUGAAUGGGUCCGAAUACUUCUCGAAGAUCCGGUCCUUCCUGGGUGGAGCCCCCGCAGAGGACUUGAAGGUGCUCAGUGAGCGGAAUGUGAGCAUGGACUUGGCUACGUUCAUGAAGCUUCGGACGGAAGCGGUGCUGCCACUGACCGUGGCUGAGGUGCAGAAACUUCUGGGACCCCACGUGGAGGGCCUGAAGGCCGAGGAGCGGCACAGCCCGCUACGGGACUGGAUCCUGCGGCAGCGCCAGGACGACCUGGACACGCUGGGGCUGGGGCUGCAGGGCGGCAUCCCCAACGGCUACCUAGUCCUGGACCUUGGCGUGCGAGAGGCUCUCUCGGGGACGCCUUGCCUGCUAGGACCUGGACCUGUGCUCACCCUCUUGGCUCUGUUCCUGGCCUCCACCCUGGCCUGAGACUUCCACUCCGUUCCUGGCCCCAGCGCCACUGGGGAUCCCCACCUGGCUGGUCCCUGUUCCCCACCAGGAGAACUUGGCCUCAGUAAACGGGGAUAUGCCCCCUGCAGACAUAC